AUGAGGCAGAGAGUAACGUAUCUUCUGGCGCGCGGUGCAGGAGUCAAUCCGGCCGAUAUCACGCUUGAGAAGGAUCGCGUGUCGUUUGCAGAAGCACAUGCGGCCGCCAAAGAGACGCGCAUCACCGUUGGCCUCUCAGAGCUGCCCAAGGAGCUGCAAUCAACCCUUGGAGAUUUCCAUGAGCUGCACAUUCGACUAGCAUCACGCCAGAACUACCAUGCGCUUGUGCCGACCGUUUCAAGAGUCCCGUCUGGUCUGCACAUCUUCUUUACCCCUCGCCAUCCGGGCCAAGAGACCACGUUAUGCUCGUUCCUGCGGCAGAUUGUCAGUGAAGACAUCCAAUGUGCUUCCUCAGAAGCAACCUUCAGCAGGCCACCAGUCCGAUCGGAACGCUUCGCAAGUGCUUCGACGUACCAGUUCUUUCAUGGAUCACAUCAUCUCCCCAGCAUAUCAGAGCACAUAAGAGCUCAUCUUUGCCCGGGACUUCCAGUCGGAUCCGAAGUCGGUCAGACAUGCAAUUUCAUCGCCGAAGCAGGUUCGAGGGCAUAUAUCGACUACGAUUACGAUGUCAUCACUCACGCUGUUACCAUAACGACACUGUCAUCUGCAUCAAGUGGCCAGAAUCGCCCAGGACACGCCGUGGCUCACAAGAUCAAGCCAGAGGACAGGCUUGAGGUUGGCAUAUUGGCGCCAGAGACCCCAGAUGAGCCGGAAGAAUUGAAGCUCGGUGGGUAUCUCACUGUCGUGGGCGAUGAUGACAAACCAAGCGCAACGCUGUUUGGAUUCCCAGCACGUCAUCACCCUCUGCCCGACAAUGAUUUGACGGCAUAUCAAGUGUCCUUUCAGGCACCGACAGGACUCCAUCCAAAGCUGGACAUCAAGUUUCCGGCUCAGCAUCUUCAACCGCCAAAAGACAAUUGCGCACUACACGCCUAUGCUACAUUGCCAGCAUCAUUGUUCAUUGACCGCUACCAAUUGGACGAUAAGCUCUUCAUGGACUCAAACAAUCUUGUCUCAUUGCGCGCCCUCAGCGGUGAGCAAGACCUCGAGGCACCGAAUUGGGUCUUGAAACAAUGGGGAUCUGCAGCUCUACUGGAGCUAGCUCAUCCAGAACAAAAAGCCUCAAGUACUGAUGACUGGACCGUGACCAUACCCAUGCAUCUCCGCUAUGUCAAUGGAUCAUCUGACACGAAUAAGGAUGGCUCUGUGGAUCUGUCUUGGCCUGUAGUCUUUUGGGCUUGCGAAGCCGAGGAAGGGCUGAAGAUGAGCACCAACCCGUUUGACAGAGUAAAUUUGGGCUACGAUGGUCUCUUUGGUCCAAAGACCAUGUUUUAUCAUGUUCCGCCAUCUCCUACCGCCGGCGUGCUGGUAGAGCGUCUUUCGGUACCUUUCUUGGACCCCGCCAAGGCUGAAUGGGUACCGUUGGGCACAAGCAUCGUGGUCUUCGUAGGAUUUGCGUGGAUUUGCUUCAAGCUGUUCGGAGGUAGCGCUCCUACGAGGAGUGACGAGAAGAAGACG